AUGAAAGAGGAAUUUAGAGGGGGAUGUGGAGACAGAAGGGAGGGACAGGGAGAGCAAGAGGAGGGGAUGAGGAGGAGGAAAAGCAGGGGGGAGACGAGGGAGAAGGAGAGAUGGGGAGAGGAGGAGGGGAUCCACAGAGGAAGAGAGAGGACGGAGGAGGAGAACCACAGAGGAAGGCAGAGGACGGAGGAGGAGAACCACAGAGGAAGGAGAGUGACGGGGAGGAGAACCACAGAGGAAGAGGAGAGGACGGGAUUUUUUUUGAGGGAACACAGGGAAGGGGACGGAGGAGGAGAAACCACAGGGACGGAGAGAGAGGACCAAGAGGAAGGAGAACCACGGAGGCGGAGAACCCACAGAGGAAGAGAGUGGACGGACGGAGGAGGAGGAGAAACCACAGAGGAAGAGAGGGACGGAGGAGGCGAACCACCAGAGGAAGAGCGCGAGGGACGGAGGAGGGAGAACACAGAGGAAGAGAGAGGAUGGGAGGCGAACCACGGGGAGGAGAACCCACAGAGGAAGAGGAAGGAGGGACGGAGGGAGGAGAAACCACAGAGGAAGAGAGUGGACGGAGGAGGAGAACCACCAAGAGGAGAGAGAGGGGGAGAGGAGAACCACAGAGGAAGCGAGAACCCCGACGGAAGGAUGGUGGACCACAGAGGAAGAGAGAGGACGGAGGAGGAGAACCACAGAGGAAGAGAGAGGACGGAGGAGGAGAACCACAGAGGAAGAGAGAGGACGGAGGAGGAGAACCACAGAGGAAGAGAGAGGACGGAGGAGGAGAACCACAGAGGAAGAGAGAGGACGGAGGAGGAGAACCACAGAGGAAGAGAGAGGACGGACUACUGGUCUCUAAACCAGAGGUAUUCAACCCUCUCCUCAAGGACCCACAGACGUUUCACAAUUGAGUUGUAGCCCUGAACUAUCUCACCUGAUUGACCUGGAAGGGCUUGAUGAUUAGUUGACAGGUUGAAUCAGGUGUGCUAGCUGUGAAAUAGAUCAAAUCCAUGGAACAGCUGGUGGGGGCGGCAGGUAGCUUAGUGGGUAAGAGCGUUGUGCCAGUAACCGAAAGGUCGCUGGUUCUAAGCUCCUGGAAGUGGCUCUGGAUAAGAGCGUCGCUAAACGGACUCUCUACUGUAAGUGGCUCUGGAUAAGAGCGUCUGCUAAAUGACUCACUAACUGUAAGUGGCUCUGGAUAAGAGCGUCGCUAAACGACGUAAAUGUGGUCCCAGAGGAGAGGUUUGGAUACCCCUGCUCUGAACCAUGCUUAGUCAAUUGCUGUAGUUUGUGUGUGUUCCGCUGAAGGGCAUUAUAGUAAAAUAUGCCAGGCUCUGGAUCAUCCACUCGACCUUCCCCCUUGUCCCUUCCCCCUUGUCCCUUCCCCCUUGUCCCUUGUCCCUUGUCCCAAGGCCAAGGCCUAGCCAACUUCUAUGGUAACAGUUAAAGUAGCAGCAGCCUUGGCAGUGCCACCGGGUAGGGCAGAGCUAUUGACCACCCACCCCGUCCCAGAGUCCUGGUAAGACGGCUGAUAAUGACCAGCAGGACAGACACACACUGAACAGACACACACUGAACAGACACACACUGAACAGACACACACUGAACAGACACACACCGAACAGACACACACCGAACAGACACGGGGCCCCGUGUUGAGGAUCAGUGUGGCAGAUGUGUUGUUACCUACCCUUACCACCUGGGGGCGGCCCGUCAGGAAGUCCAGGAUCCAGUUGCAGAGGGAGGUGUUUAGUCCCAGGAUCCUUAGCUUAGUGAUGAGCUUUGAGGGCACUAUGGUGUUGAACACUGAGCUGUAGUCAAUGAACAGCAUUCUCACGUAGGUGUUCCUCUUGUCCAGGUGGGAAAGGGCAGUGUGGAGUACAAUAAAGAUUGCAUCAUCUGUGGAUCUGUUGGGGUGGUAUGCAAAUUGGAGUGGGUCUAGGGUUUCUGGGAUAAUUGGUUUGAUGUGAGCCAUGACCAGCCUUUCAGUGCAAUGGGAUGGUAGUCAUUUAGGCGGGUUAUCUUAGAGUCCUUGGGCACGGGGACUAUGGUGGUCUGCUUGAAACAUGUUGGUAUUACAGACUCAGUCAGGGACAUGUUGAAAAUGUCGGUGAAGACACUUGCCAGUUGGUCAGCACAUGCUCGGAGUACACAUCCUGGUAAUCCAUCUGGCCCUGCGGCCUUGUGAAUGUUGACCUGUUUAAAAGUCUUACUCACAUCGGCUACGGAGAGCGUGAUCACACAGUCAUCUGGAACAGCUGAUGCUCUCAUGCAUGCUUCAGUGUUGCUUGCCUCGAAGCGAGCGGUAUAUCCCGCCAGCUGUAUGUUAUCCAUGUCGUCGUUCAGCCAGGACUCGGUGAUACAUUAGAUAUUACAGUUUUUAAUAUCCCAAUGGUAGGAUAACCGUAAUCUUAAAUCAUCCAAUUUAUUCUCAAAUGAUUGAAGAUUGGCUAAUAGGAUUGAUGGAAGAGGCAGAUUACUCGCUCGCCGUCGAAUCCUUACAAGGCACCCCGACCUACGUCCACGAUAUCUCAGUCUCUUUCUCAUACGAAUGACGGGGAUUUGGGCCUUGUCGGUGUUUCUGUAGGAUAUACUUCGCGUCCAACUAGUUGAAGAAAAAAUCUUUGUCCAAUACGUGGUGAGUAAUCGCUGUCCUGAUAUCCAGAAGCUCUUUUUGGUCAUAAGAGGCAUUGGCAGAAACAUUAUGUACAGAAUAAAUUACAAAUAACGCACAUAAGAAAACACACAUAAUAGUAUAAUUGGUUAGAGGGCUGUAAAACGGCAGCCAUCUUCUCCGGCGCCAUUCUAAACCCAACACCAGCAGUGGUCGGUCGCAAAAGGCAAAGCCCUGUAUCGGAUUACAUUGCUGGAAAGGACAAAAGCAAAUGUAGUGUCAGAAGAUGGCAGCCUGUGUGGAACAGAGAUAAAAGGGAAAAAUCCAACCAACCUCAAAGUUCAUCUGAACAGCACCCACAAAGGAUUUCAGGAUAAAGACGAGGUGAGACAGACAUUUUUUUAGUUGUUACUAUGCCGAUAAAUGACAAUAUCCAUCCGGACCUUUGCCACCUAGGAAAUUUGAGUGAUCGGACCAUCUCAAAUAGUACUGCAGUACCCCUGCUAUAGGCCUUAAAACACAUACUUGCUCCUAGCCUCCCAUGUAUAAGGCUACUUUCUGUCCUGAACACUAAAACGAAAUCAUAUAACAACUCAAUAGAAAUGUUUUGAUGAAACUGAAUAAAAACUAGUAAAUCAAGUCUGAAAACUAACUGAAACUAAAUUGAAUUUGAAAUAAAAAUCUAAAAUCUAAACAACAACAGUGUCCUGACGAGUGAGCACAUUUUAUACGCCAGGCGAAAUCGCGCCUCAUUAGCUCAUUGUUAUGGAUGUAUCCAAAUAAAUGUCACUAGAAAACUUCUUAAACAAAUGCAGCUACUGUUGUUCUUCUGGCUGCACUGUUUGACGUGACUAAGUUAGCCGUAGUUGGCUAGCUAGCAAGCGAGGGAUAAAAACGUUGCCAGCCAGUAUGGCAAUAGAACAUUUAGAACGAACGACUCUCCAUAGAUACAGAACAAAAAGACUGAACGACUGGGUCGCGUCCAUAGAUACAGAACAAAAAGACUGAACGACUGGGUCGCAUCUCUGGCAACCGAACCGAUAGAACGAACGACCAGCCGGCUUGGGUAGCAACCCUAGAUUUGUGUCAGGACUAUAUCUUGUGGAAGGAUGAAAUAGUGUGAAUAAAUGCAUCAAAAUAACAUUUUUAUGAAAAUAUGUCAGUCAUUAUUUUAAAUAUUUUGGUAACCCGUUGUAUAAAAGUGAUAAUGCCCUCGAAGCCGGUGUUUGGAGGAUAAAUUGGCACGGUUUGCCGGCCUUCGUGCCAAUAUAAUCCUCCAAACACCGGCUUCGAGAGCAUUAUCACUUAAAUAUGCGUCAGCCUACUAAUUAAACAAAUAGGCCCUAAUUAUAUUUAAAUAUUAAAAUAACAUUUGCUAGCCUAGAAUUUGUAGACCGUUUGUGCAUCACCAGAAUCACGUUCUCGCCCUGCUUUAUCAUGGUUUGAACGAUGUGCGUAAUUCCAGUCCAUAUAAUACAGUACAGUAAUACAAAAUCACACUCAAAAAUAUGAACCUACUGGAGCUAGUUUCAUUUGUUGACUCAAGAGAGCAUAUAGCUAGCUACAUCUAUGGGCUUUAUAUAGCUAGCUACAUCUAUGGGCUUUAUACAGCUAGCUACAUCUAUGGGCUUUAUAUAGCUAGCUACAUCUAUGGGCUUUAUAUAGCUAGCUACAUCUAUGGGCUUUAUACAGCUAGCUACAUCUAUGGGCUUUAUAUAGCUAGCUACAUCUAUGGGCUUUAUAUAGCUAGCUACAUCUAUGGGCUUUAUAUAGCUAGCUACAUCUAUGGGCUUUAUAUAGCUAGCUACAUCUAUGGGCUUUAUAUAGCUAGCUACAUCUAUGGGCUUUAUAUAGCUAGCUACAUCUAUGGGCUUUAUAUAGCUAGCUACAUCUAUGGGCUUUAUAUAGCUAGCUACAUCUAUGGGCUUUAUAUAGCUAGCUACAUCUAUGGGCUUUUAUAUAGCUAGCUACAUCUAUGGGCUUUAUAUAGCUAGCUACAUCUAUGGGCUUUAUAUAGCUAGCUACAUCUAUGGGCUUUAUAUAGCUAUACAUAGCUAUCUACAUCUAUGGGCUUUAUAUAGCUAUCUACAUCUAUGGGCUUUAUAUAGCUAUCUACAUCUAUGGGCUUUAUAUAGCUAGCUACAUCUAUGGGCUUUAUAUAGCUAGCUACAUCUAUGGGCUUUAUAUAGCUAGCUACAUCUAUGGGCUUUAUAUAGCUAGCUACAUCUAUGGGCUUUAUAUAGCUAGCUACAUCUAUGGGCUUUUAUAUAGCUAGCUACAAUCUAUGGGCUUUAUAUAGCUAGCUACAUCUAUGGGCUUUAUACAGCUAGCUACAUCUAUGGGCUUUUAUAUAGCUAGCUACAUCUAUGGGCAUUAUAUAGCUAGCUACAUCUAUGGGCUUUUAUGUUUUUCUAUUGUGCGUAAUAUGUAUUGGAUAACUGCACAAUCAUUUGGGCUUUUUUGGGCUUGGGUUCAUUAAAUGUCUUUUAAUGUAGGGCUCAAAACAUGUCUUUAAUGUAUGACUCAUCCGACUCAGCUAGCAUCAGACUUGAAUUUUCUAUCAAAGCUCUAAUUAAAUCCAGACAUAGGCCUGUUUACAAGCUUUAUAAUGCUUUAGUAUGACACUUACGGUUUUUGCAGGAAAUACCGGGUUACCCGGGAGAAAAGUCAUUUAUCCUCGAGAUGGAACAUUUCUAAAAUACCGGGAAAAUAUUCAAACCUACUCCAGGCAGCCAGAGACGGUAUCGGCAGCAUCGACUUGCAAAAAACGUGCAACAGAUUGUCUAGUGAAACACACACUUGGCCCUCUGAUUGGACCAGCAAACUGUCAAUCAACACAGGUCGGGUGAGCUAGUGCAGUGGUUCUCCAAGUGAGAAGGUUUUGGGGGGUCACCAGUGUGAAACUGAAUGGGAAAAAUACAUAUUUUUCAUACAUAUUUUAAUUAAGCAAUAAGGCCCGAUGGGGUGUGGUAUAUGGCCAAUAUACCACGGCUAAGGGCUGUUCUUAUGCACGACACGUAUAUUGGCCAUAUACCACAAACCCCCGAGAUGCCUUAUUGCUAUUGUAAACUGGUUACCAACGCAAUUAGGGCAGUAAAAAUAAAUGUUUUGUCAUACCCGUGGUAUACGGUCUGAUAUACCACGGCUGUCAGCCAAUCAGCAUUCAGGGCUCGAACCACCCAGUUUAUAAUAGUCUACAUAUAAUUUACCAUUUGUAUUUUAUAUAUACUUUUGAUCUGGUUAUUGAUGUCGGCCUACGGUAUUAUACCAAAUUAUUGUCUCAAAAACAUCUAAUCUGUGCUUCAGAACCAAAGAGUUGCACGUCUUGAUUGUUGACCAAUAACCAGUCAUCAGCAUUGGCGCGCAAAGGCAGGCGCUCAAAGGCAGGCGCUCAAAGGCAGGCGCUCAAAGGCAGGCGCUCAAAGGCAGGCGCUCAAAGGCAGGCGCUCAAAGGCAGGCGCUCAAAGGCAGGCGCUCAAAGGCAGGCGCUCAAAGGCAGGCGCUCAAAGGCAGGCGCGCAAAGGCAGGCGCUCAAAGGCAGGCGCUCAAAGGCAGGCGCUCAAAGGCAGGCGCUCAAAGGCAGGCGCUCAAAGGCAGGCGCUCAAAGGCAGGCGCUCAAAGGCAGGCGCUCAAAGGCAGGCGCGCAAAGGCAGGCGCUCAUAUCCAGAGAUUAGUAACCAGAAAACACUUGCUUUAUUUUCUCCACUUUUGCCUGUCAAAAGCAGAGUAGGUCCAUGUUUAAAUUAUAAAAUAGUUUAGAAAUCUGUUAUGACACAGUCAUAACUGUCAUAAUAUGUCAUAACAGCUGAAAUAACUUCUCAUAACUGUCAUGACGCAUAUAUUUACACCUGUUGUGGCAUAUAUUAUUGCGUUCUUUUAUGGCUGGUUAUGACACCUACAUAAGAGUGUGUCAAAACCCACAUUUAUUCAAAUGUGGUUUUUUCCUGCCGAUAAGUUUCCUUUCAUUUUGCAAGUUUGUUUCUUAAAUCCUUUGUUGUAAUGAAUUCUUUACCGUUAUGUUUAUUUUCAUCAUAUUUUAAAUAACUUGUAGAAAAUACACUUUGACACUGUCAUGAAGCAUUAUGACCAUCCUGUGUCACUUUACUUGGACUAAGAAAAUACACUUUAUGACACUGUCAUGAAGCAUUAUGACCAUCCUGUGUCACUUUACUUGGACUAAGAAAAUACACUUUAUGACACUGUCAUGAAGCAUUAUGACCACAUUAUCAUAUAAGGCAGAUAGGCCUACCACCUACAGGCCCUGAUGUCAGUCAUCAGUCAGAAAGAGGGUGUCUUGUCCUGCUCCUGAAAUCUGCUCCUGGAUUCAUCCCAGUCAUCACCAACAGAGCAUUGGGGUAAGGGCAUGUCUGACAUCAACGUGUGUGCAAUUACAAUGAUCAUUUAAUAUGGUCAAUUUCAGAGUUAUAUAAGUUAUAUAAAUACUGUUGACGUGUAGGCUAUGGUGUAAUGGAAUGUUUUGCGGGUUUUGACACUGUUAUGAAGGUGUCAUAAUCAUCCUUAAAAUAAAGCAAUAUAUGUCACAACAGGUCUGAAUAUAUGUCGUGACAGUGUUAUGACCAUGUUAUGCCACCCAAACUAGGCCUGUGUCUAAAGAUGGCUGUAACAUCGCACUGCCUUCAAUAUUAUGGAAUGAAGAUGUAACAUUAAUGACGUUAGAUUAGAUGGUGAAUUAAUUACAGUAUUUGUGAGGGAGAAACGGGUUAUCAGGUUCAGUCUGCGGACAGCCGGAGUGACAGCUCACGGUGCAGACAGACCAUGCUUUCCUUUCAGACCGACCCUGUGACCUACGCUGCAAACAGGUAGGUACAGUGGGGGAAAAAAGUAUUUAGUCAGCCACCAAUUGUGCAAGUUCUCCCACUUAAAAAGAUGAGAGAGGCCUGUAAUUUUCAUCAUAGGUACACGUCAACUAUGACAGACAAAUUGAGAAUUUCUUUUCCAGAAAAUCACAUUGUAGGAUUUUUAAUGAAUUUAUUUGCAAAUUAUGGUGGAAAAUAAGUAUUUGGUCACCUACAAACAAGCAAGAUUUCUGGCUCUCACAGACCUGUAACUUCUUCUUUAAGAGGCUCCUCUGUCCUCCACUCGUUACCUGUAUUAAUGACACCUGUUUGAACUUGUUAUCAGUAUAAAAGACACCUGUAGACAACCUCAAACAGUCACACUCCAAACUCCACUAUGGCCAAGACCAAAGAGCUGUCAAAGGACACCAGAAACAAAAUUGUAGACCUGCACCAGGCUGGGAAGACUGAAUCUGCAAUAGGUAAGCAGCUUGGUUUGAAGAAAUCAACUGUGGGAGCAAUUAUUAGGAAAUGGAAGACAUACAAGACCACUGAUAAUCUCCCUCGAUCUGGGGCUCCACGCAAGAUCUCACCCCGUGGGGUCAAAAUUAUCACAAGAACGGUGAGCAAAAAUCCCAGAACCACACGGGGGGACCUAGUGAAUGACCUGCAGAGAGCUGCGACCAAAGUAACAAAGCCUACCAUCAGUAACACACUACGCCGCCAGGGACUAAAAUACUGCAGUGCCAGACGUGUCCAGGCCCGUCUGAAGUUUGCUAGAGUGCAUUUGGAUGAUCCAGAAGAGGAUUGGGAGAAUGUCAUAUGGUCAGAUGAAACCAAAAUAGAACUUUUUGGUAGAAACUCAACUCGUCGUGUUUGGAGGACAAAGAAUGCUGAGUUGCAUCCAAAGAACACCAUACCUACUGUGAAGCAUGGGGGUGGAAACAUCAUGCUUUGGGGCUGUUUUUCUGCAAAGGGACCAGGACGACUGAUCCGUGUAAAGGAAAGAAUGAAUGGGACCAUGUAUCGUGAGAUUUUGAGUGAAAAACCUCCUUCCAUCAGCAAGGGCAUUGAAGAUGAAACGUGGCUGGGUCUUUCAGCAUGACAAUGAUCCCAAACACACCGCCCGGGCAACGAAGGAGUGGCUUCGUAAGAAGCAUUUCAAGGUCCUGGAGUGGCCUAGCCAGUCUCCAGAUCUCAACCCCAUAGAAAAUCUUUGGAGGGAGUUGAAAGUCCGUGUUGCCCAGCGACAGCCCCAAAACAUAAUUGCUCUAGAGGAGAUCUGCAUGGAGGAAUGGGCCAAAAUACCAGCAACAGUGUGUGAAAACCUUGUGAAGACUUACAGAAAACGUUUGACCUGUGUCAUUGCCAACAAAGGGUAUAUAACAAAGUAUUGAGAAACUUUUGUUAUUGACCAAAUACUUAUUUUCCACCAUAAUUUGCAAAUAAAUUCAUUAAAAAUCCUACAAUGUGAUUUUCUGGAUUUUUUUUCCUCAUUUUGUCUGUCAUAGUUGACGUGUACCUAUGAUGAAAAUUACAGGCCUCUCUCAUCUUUUUAAGUGGGAGAACUUGCACAAUUGGUGGCUGACUAAAUACUUUUUUCCCCCACUGUAGUAGGACAUGUGAUUCCGCUUGCUCUGGACUCCACAGAAGUGACAUGAUAUCCCUAGUUGAUAUGGGUUGCUAACAUGAAUGACUUUCAGCUACAAAUUCAGGUGUAAAACGCAGUUUAUUUCUGUAUCUUGCGUUUUUUGAAAAUGCAUCAGUGUUUAUGGCUGUAAGGACAGGCUACAUUUGUGCAGCGAUUGUGCGCGCGUGCGUGUCCGUGCGUGUCCGUGCGUGUGUGACCGUGCGUGUCCGUGCGUGUGUGCCCGUGCGUGUGCGUGCGUGUCCGUGCGUGUGUGACCGUGCGUGUCCGUGCGUGACCGUGCGUGUCCGUGCGUGUGUGUCCGUGCGUGACCGUGCGUGCCCGUGCGUGGGGGCAUCGCGAGCUUUGAGCCACUGCUUUUUGGGGGUUCUGAUUUGCUGUACAGCUAUUGGAUCUAGUUUUAAGUUUUAAUGUCACAUGCACAGUGAAAUGCCUUUCUUGCAAACUCAAAACCCAACAAUGCAAUAAUCAAUAACAAUAAUAUAGAAUCGGGUGCAGCGCAAACCUCAAAUAAAUAAAUAUGCAUCUCCAAAAAUAGUUUGAUCAAUAGGUGAUCAAGAAUAUUAACUGUUUACUUUUGCAAGAUCACAAGCAAUGGGGCAUCAAGCAACAAUUACUAGCAUGAUGUAAUAUGUAAUAAUGAAUUUUAACAUCAAAUUCAACAUACAAGCUUCAUAAGUAAAUUAUACCUUUCAAGCAAUUUUGACAUACCAAAAGCCCCAUCUAAUGAUCUUUUGGUUUGCCAAAAUUGCUUGAAAUUGAUAAUGGCAAUAAUUAAAAUGUGUUCUAGACAAAAGAAUGAAAACGUCUGGCUGGUAGCCUCAAAAAACAGACAAAGAUUUGUAAUUGAACAAGUCAUUGCAUGUAUAGAUUAUUUUUUUUACUUGACUUGUAACUUGACUGGCUCUUAGAAUGCACGACGUGCCACUAUUAUUAGAGUCCCAAGCAAGUCUCAAGACACGACCCGUUCUACUUGGGACACGACCCGUUCUACUUGGGACUCGGUACGACCCGUUCUACUUGGGACUCGGUUUGAGACUCAGUUCUUGUGACUUGAGACUUGCUUGGGACUCGAAUAAUAGUGACUUGGUCCCACCUCUGGCUUUUAGUCCUAAAACACUUCAUGGUUCAUCAGGACUGAAACACUUCAUGGUUCAUCAGGACUGAAACACUUCGUGGUUCAUCAGGACACUGAAACACUUCGUGGUUCAUCAGGACACUGAAACACUUCAUGGUUCAUCAGGACACUGAAACACUUCAUGGUUCAUCAGGACACUGAAACACUUCAUGGUUCAUCAGGACUGAAACACUUCAUGGUUCAUCAGGACUGAAACACUUCAUGGUUCAUCAGGACACUGAAACACUUCGUGGUUCAUCAGGACACUAAAACACUUCAUGGUUCAUCAGGACACCGAAACACUUCGUGGUUCAUCAGGACACUGAAACACUUCAUGGUUCAUCAGGACUGAAACACUUCGUGGUUCAUCAGGACACUGAAACACUUCGUGGUUCAUCAGGACACUGAAACACUUCAUGGUUCAUCAGGACACUGAAACACUUCGUGGUUCAUCAGGACACUGAAACACUUCGUGGUUCAUCAGGACACUAAAACACUUCAUGGUUCAUCAGGACACCGAAACACUUCGUGGUUCAUCAGGACACCGAAACACUUCGUGGUUCAUCAGGACACUGAAACACUUCAUGGUUCAUCAGGACUGAAACACUUCAUGGUUCAUCAGGACACUGAAACACUUCGUGGUUCAUCAGGACACUGAAACACUUCAUGGUUCAUCGGGACUGAAACACUUCAUGGUUCAUCAGGACCGAAACACUUCAUGGUUCAUCAGGACUGAAACACUUCGUGGUUCAUCAGGACCGAAACACUUCGUGGUUCAUCAGGACACUGAAACACUUCGUGGUUCAUCAGGACACUGAAACACUUCAUGGUUCAUCAGGACACCGAAACACUUCAUGGUUCAUCAGGACACCGAAACACUUCAUGGUUCAUCAGGACACCGAAACACUUCAUGGUUCAUCAGGACACUGAAACAUCCCAAAACAGCAGGAGACCACAGUUAUCUAUGGGAAUGUCCUUACAUCCACAUCUGUGUGUCUGUCUCUCUGUAUGUCUCUGUGUUUAGUAUUUUGUGUGUGUGUGUCUCUCUCUCUCUACAGGCUGUGAUGGCUAGUGACUUUGCCCUACCGCGGUUCCGGAACCUUCAGAAGCUCCUGCUGGUCCAUGGUCACUGGUGUUACUCCAGAUUGGCCAACAUGAUCCUGUACUUCUUCUACAAGAACGCUGUGAGUCUCACUCACACACAAACAGCUAAAAGCAUUGGGUGGCCUUGAAUCACUAGUCGCUAAAUCACACUUUUGCCAAACCCCAAAAUGUUUUAAACAACGUUAAAUCAAAUCAAAUUGUAUUUGUCACAUGCAGCGAAUACAACGGGUGUAAACUUUACCGUGAAAUGCUUACUUAUGAGCUCCCCAAAGCCCCCCUAAAACUAUUAUUAUAAAAAAUGAAAAUAGUCAAAUGAGGAAUAAAAUACACAAGAUUGAAGCUAUGAAGUGUUCAAAAUGUUCUGCUGCCACAGUCUGAUAAAUGUGGAUUGUUGUACAUUACUUUUACCCAUCUUAUGAGAGAUUCUCAAAAAGUCCAGGCACUUCUAAACAGAUUCUAGACAUACUGUAUCAAACGCUUUCUCAAAAUCUGCUUUGAAGAUUAUACCUGGUUUCCCUACAUUCUCAUAGUUUUCAAUUAUUUCUAAUAGUUGUCUGUUAUCUCCGAUAUAUCAUCCUUUACAGAAUCCCGUCUGAUCGUGAUGAAUAAUGUCCGGUAGGAGCAAUACAUUUAGACAAUAUUUUUGCAUCACAACAUUGAAGGGUCAGGGGCCUCCUCUUUGCUCCUGCUUCGGUAGGAGAGAGAUCAGUCCCUCUGUCCGACAGUCUGCCAUUUAUAGACAGUAUGAGUAAUUAAAACAUGAUUUGUAAUGGAUCUUUCAGUAGUUCAUAAAGUUUGAUAUAUCUCUAUUGGAAUGCCAUCGAGAUCAGGGGUUUUCCCCAUCUGAAAGGAAUCAAUUGCCAACCAUAGUUCGUCAUGUGUAAUUAGGUCUUCACAAUAUUUUUUUUUGUGUCGCCUGAUAGUUUAAUAUGAUUUUUUUGGGAGAAGGAUAUCACAAAACUUGUCGUCAAGUGAGGUUGGAGGAACUUGACGAGAACAUUUGUUUAAAAUAUUUUACUUUAUCUCUGUUGGGGAGAUGGAUUUUUGCAUCGUUUGUAACUACGUUUUAUAGGUUAUAUUUGGUUGCAUUUCUAUACAUGGUGCAUUUUUUGUCGUUCUCAAUCUAAUUUGCUCUGUUUUUUAGAUAAAUGAAACCCGGUCUUUACUGAAUAAGUUCCUCAAACUACUUUUGAUUUACGUCUACAUUAUUCAAUGGUUCUGUAUUCCAUUUAUCUACAUCAUUGAUGUCUAAUGUUAGAUUUUCUAUUUCUGCUUUAAGUCUUUUCUCUGUUGACUGAUACCGUUUUUGUUUUUGGGGAUGAAAAUUGUUUUGAAUGGCCUCUAAGGGCACAUUUAAAAGUAUCCCAUACAAUAUGUGGGUCCGCUGAACCUGUAUUGUGCAAGAAAGUCUUAUGAAUUCCUUAGUUUUUGUUAAGAAAGUAGCAUCAGUCUGUAACCCCUGGUUACAUUUCCAAUAUCCCCGCCCUUGUGGAAAGCCUGUCAUACUUGUAAGGAGGGAUAUAAGUUGAUGGUCUGAUCGCAUUCGAUCCUCAAGCCAUACUUUUUUCACUUUUGGCGCCAUUGAAAAGGAUACCAGAAAAGAAUCAAUACAACUAGCUUGAUUAAGCCUCCUCCAACUAUACCUUACAAGAUCCGGGUUUUUAAGCCUCCAAAUAUCUGUCAAUUCCAACGUGUCCAUAAUAUUCGUAAUCUCUUUGAACGCAGGAGGGUGAUAGAUGAGAGUAUGAUUGCCUUAACGAUCCAUUGAUGUACUUAAAACUGUAUUGUAGGCCCCUACCAUUAUAAGAGUUAUUUGUAUCUUGGAGACUAAUUAGAUGUUUUCAAAUAAGUUUGGAUCGUCAUUGGUCCAUAUAGAUUUUUGAGCCAUAACUGUUUAUCAUCAAGUCAUAUAUUCAAGGUCAAUCCAUCUUCCUUGAGAAUCUAGUUUAACGGAUUGCACCUCAAGAUCCUAAUUGUUUUUGAAUAAGAUCAUAACACCUUUUGAAUUUCUUAACCCAUGAGUGAAAUAGAUUUUACCAUCCAAUUCUUUUUCUCAGGCCACUUCAUCAGAAGAUAUUGAGUGAGUUUCCUGAAGACAAUAAAUAUGCUAAUCUUUUCCUUUAGAUCCUCUUCUUAUGCCAAACCAUUAGAAUUAUAGCUAUACUUAAUUCAUCGAAACUUACCCAAACUGGUACAUCCAGACCAAAGUGGCUUUGUUAAAAAAUGAUUAUCCUCCAGUUAGCCCCCAUAUAUUACAUAUCUAACAUGCUUCAUCAGAAACCAAAGCUCCUUGGGCAGUUCUAUCUCUCAACGCAGAAAAAGCUUUUGAUAGACUAGAAUGGUCAUAUCUUUGGUCAGUUUUGGAACAUAUGGGUCUUGGCUCCAAUUUCAUUAAUCUGAUUAAAAUAUGAUAUGCCAAUCCCUCAGCCAUAGUAAUAACAGGCAAUAACUGCUCUGUUCUGUUCAGAAUAACUAGAAGUAGCAGGCAAGGUGAUCCCAUCUCUCCUCUGCUAUUUUUGUUUAUGUAGCCCCUGGCCAAGGCAAUUUAGACAAACAAAAUAAAUUACACCAAUAUCUCUCAAUUGUACUGAUCACGUCAUCUCAUUAUACGCCGACGAUAUCUUACUUUAUCUAGACAAUGUAUCUCAAUCCCUCCCAAACGCUUUGAGGAUCGUAGACAAAUUUUGCUCCAUCUCAAGUUAUAAAAUAAAUCUAACCAAAUCUUUCUGUACUGCCCCUCAAGAACCCGACAGAGGACCCCAUCUCUAUUUAUGGAAUCCCAAUCGUUUCCCAUUUCAAAUAUUUAGGAAAAUAUAUAUUUCCUUCUUUAGAUAAAACCAUUGCAAAAAAACAUCAACAAAAUGCUCAAAUCAAAUCAAUCCGACCUCAGUAGAUGGACUAACAUCCCAGUCGCUCUAACCAGCAGAAUUUAUAUUGUGAAAAUGUAUAUGCUUCCUAUGUCUCCCCCUUCUGGCAAUUGGGAUUUGUGCGUUUUCAAAAUAUGUAUGGAAGGUAAGAGAUCCCCGAUUUAAAUUAACACAUUUACAGAGGGAAAUACGUUGGAGGGCUAUCCGUUCCAAACUUUAAAUUGUAUUUCCAGCACUAGCAUUUCGCCCAAUUAUAAAUAGGUUUAGACAUGACUAUUCUGCUCCCUGGCUGAGAAUAGAGAGAGAUAUGGUGUCUCCCAUUGCACUGGAAGAAGUGGUGUUCAUUGAUAAGUCUCUUAAACAACGUAAACUACGCUUUGGUCCUAUUAUUACUCACACAACAUUUUAAAACUAUGCAGCUGGGAAACGAAAUGGCACGCCCAGAUAUUGAAUAGUAAUGCCUAAUCGUACGUCGUACCUUUUCACAUCACAUCCGUACUUUUGUCGAUAUCAUGGAUAGUAAUGGUUUGAGGACAUUCUGACUAUUUAUUUCCAACGUAGGGCAGCUAUGCUAGGAGUUCAUGGAGUUCCAUGGGAAACUCACCUGUCCAACCAUCCAAUGAUGGAAUUUAUACAACAGAUCAUCUGGUCUCCCUAAAGGACUAAACUCAGUAAUAUUUAAACAACUAUUGGAAACCGCAGACUCUAAGCUAGCCAUUUUAAAAAGUAUGGCCCACAGAUCUACAGAUCUAAAUGUAACUGAAUCAUCCUUGAACUGGACCAGAAUAUGGAAAAAUAUGACCUUGGCAUCCAGUAAUCCGAACCAUCAACUUAUUCAUUUCAAGUUUGUUCAGACUUUAUCUAACACCCAAUAAACUUUUUAUAAUGGAAUUGGCCCCGACUUCCAAAUGCUUACUGUGUCCCCCAAAUCAGGUAGACACGUUCCUUAAUAUGAUGUGGCAGUGCCCUGCAGUUAAAUGCUUUUGGGACAAAGUUACAAAAUUCAUUUCAAAGAGCAUGAAUGUCAAUAUUCAAUGCUCCCCAACCAUUUAUGUUACUUAAUGAUGAUAGCGCUUGAAUCUCUCAAUCAGUCAGAGAUGAUUACUGCUGGCAGGCAGCACUGUUGCACAUUUCUUUUUGGCUCUAAGAUGGCGACCACCUCACUCUCCCAAUUCACCAAGGGAUACAGUUACUAUUAGAAGUUCAAACAUUAGAAUUAUUGACAGCGAGAAUGAAUGGUGCUCAUCAAGGAACAAUUGAAGCCUGGACAAAUAAAGUAUACUUGACUCUGUAAAGAACAAGCUCAGCUAAAGCCCCACACACACAGACCAAUUAUAUCAAAUGUUAUUUGUCACAUGCUUCGUAAGCAAAAGGACAGUGAUUAACAGGCUUCCCAACAGAGAAAGAAUAUAUAGCAAUAAUAGAAAAGUUGAACUUGUAGUAAUAAUAGAUACACAAUGAGUAAAGAUAACUAUAUACAAGGGGUGCCUGUACCGAUUCGAUGUGCAGGGGUACAAGCUAAUUCAGGUAGAUGUGUACAUAUGUGAUGAGUCAAAAAAGUUUGUGCAAAAAGGGUCAACGCAGAUAGUCCGGGUAGCUAUUUGGUUAACUAUUUAACUAACUAUUUAGCAGUUUUAUGGCUUGGGGGUAGAAGCUGUUCCUCUGACACCGCCUGGUAUAGAGGUCCUGGAUGGCAGGGAGCUUUGCCCCAGUGAUGUACUGGGCCGUACGCACUACCCUCUGUAGCACCUUGCGGUCAGGUGCCAAGCAGUUACAUUUUACAUUUACAUUUACGUCAUUUAGCAGACGCUCUUAUCCAGAGCGACUUACAAAUAGGUGCAUUCACCUUAUAGCCAGUGGGAUAACCACUUUACAAUGUUUUUUUUUUUUUUUUUUUUUUUUUUUUGUCAAGGGGGGGGGUAGAAGGAUUACUUUAUCCUAUCCCAGGUAUUCCUUAAAUAGGUGGGGUUUCAAAUGUCUCCGGAAGGUGGUGAGUGACUCCGCUGUCCUGGCGUCGUGAGGGAGCUUGUUCCACCAUUGGGGUGCCAGAGCAGCGAACAGUUUUGACUGGGCUGAGCGGGAACUAUGCUUCCGCAGAGGUAGGGGAGCCAGCAGGCCAGAGGUGGAUGAACGCAGUGCCCUCGUUUGGGUGUAGGGACUGAUCAGAGCCUGAAGGUACGGAGGUGCCAUUCCCCUCACAGCUCCGUAAGCAAGCACCAUGGUCUUGUAGCAGAUGCGAGCUUCAACUGGAAGCCAGUGGAGUGUGCGGAGGAGCGGGGUGACGUGAGAGAACUUGGGAAGGUUGAACACCAGACGUGCUGCGGCAUUCUGGAUGAGUUGUAGGUGUUUAACUAAUUGUAAUUAUUUUGCACUAUAGCCUAUUUAUUGCCUUACCUCCAUAACUUGCUACAUUUGCACACACUGUAUAUAUAUGUAUUUCUGUUGUAUUUUUGACUUUGUUUUGUUUUACCCCAUAUGUAACUCUGUGUUGUUUUUAUCGCGCUGCUUUGCUUUAUCUUGGCCAGGUCGCAGUUGUAAAUGAGAACUUGUUCUCAACUGGUUUACCUGGUUAAAUAAAGGUGAAAUAAAAAAAUAAAAAUUAAUGGCACAGGCAGGGAGCUGCAGUAAUCCAGACGGGAGAUGACAAGUGCCUGGAUUAGGACCUGUGCCGCUUCCUGUGUAAGGCAGGGUCGUACUCUCCGAAUGUUGUAGAGCAUGAACCUACAGGAUCGGGUCACCGCCUUGAUGUUAGCGGAGAACGACAGGGUGUUGUCCAGGGUCACGCCAAGGCUCUUCGCACUCUGGGAGGAGGACACAACGGAGUUGUCAACCGUGAUGGCGAGAUCAUGGAACGGGCAGUCCUUUCCCGGGAGGAAGAGCAGCUCCGUCUUGCCGAGAUUCAGCUUGAGGUGGUGAUCCGUCAUCCAUACUGAUAUGUCUGCCAGACAUGCAGAGAUACGAUUCGCCACCUGGUUAUCAGAAGGGGGAAAGGAGAAGAUUAGUUGUGUGUCGUCAGCGUAGCAAUGAUAGGAGAGGCCAUGUGAGGAUAUGACAGAGCCAAGUGACUUGGUGUAUAGCGAGAAUAGGAGAGGGCCUAGAACUGAGCCCUGGGGGACACCAGUGGUGAGAGCACGUGGUGCGGAGACAGCUUCUCGCCACGCCACUUGGUAGGAGCGACCAGUCAGGUAGGACGCAAUCCAAGAGUGAGCCGCGCCGGAGAUGCCCAGCUCGGAGAGGGUGGAGAGGAGGAUCUGAUGGUUCACAGUAUCAAAGGCAGCAGACAGGUCUAGAAGGACAAGAGCAGAGGAGUGAGAGUUAGCUUUAGCAGUGCGGAGAGCCUCUGUGACACAGAGAAGAGCAGUCUCAGUUGAAUGACCAGUCUUGAAACCUGACUGGUUUGGAUCAAGAAGGUCAUUCUGAGAGAGAUAGCAAGAGAGUUGGCUAAAGACGGCACGCUCAAUCGUUUUGGAGAGAAAAGAAAGAAGGGAUACUGGUCUGUAGUUGUUGACAUCAGUGGGAUCGAGUGUUGGUUUUUUGAGAAGGGGUGCAACUCUCGCUCUCUUGAAGACGGAAGGGACAUAGCCAGCGGUCAAGGAUGAGUUGAUCAGCGAGGUGAGGUAAGGGAGAAGGUCACCGGAGAUGGUCUGGAGAAGAGAGGAGGGGAUAGGGUCAAGCGGGCAGGUUGUUGGGCGGCCUGCCGUCACAAGUCGCAAGAUUUUAUCUGGAGAGAGAGGGGAGAAAGAAGUCAAAGCAUAGGGUAGGGCAGUGUGAGCAGGACCAGCAGUGUCAUUUGACUUAACAAACGAGGAUCGGAUGUCGUCAACCUUCUUUUCAAAAUGGUUGACGAAGUCAUCCACAGAGAGGGAGGGGGGGGGGGGAUUCAGCAGGGAGGAGAAUGUGGCAAAGAGCUUCCUAGGGUUAGAGGCGGAUGCUUGGAAUUUAGAGUGGUAGAAAGUGGCCUUAGCAGCAGUAACAGAUGAAGAAAAUGUAGAGAGGAGGGAGUGAAAAGAUGCCAGGUCUGCAGGGAGUCUAGUUUUCUUCCAUUUCCGCUCAGCUGCCCGGAGCUCUGUUCUGUGAGCUCGCAAUGAGUCAUCAAGCCACGGAGCUGGAGGGGAGGACCGAGCCGGCCGGGAGGAUAGGGGACAUAGAGAGUCAAAGGAUGCAGAAAGGGAGGAGAGGAGGGUUGAGGAGGCAGAAUCAGGAGAUUGGAGGGAGAAGGAUUGAGCAGAGGGAAGAGAUGAUAGGAUGGAAGAGGAGAGAGUAGCGGGGAGAGAGAGAGCGAAGGUUGCGACGGCGCAUUACCAUCUGUGUAGGGGCAGAGUGAGUAGUGUUGGAGGAGAGGGAGAGAGAAAAUGAUACAAAGUAGUGGUCGGAGACUUGGAGGGGAGUUGCAGUGAGAUUAGUAGAAGAACAGCAUCUAGUAAAGAUGAGGUCAAGCGUAUUGCCUGCCUUGUGAGUAGGGGGGGACGGUGAGAGGGUGAGGUCAAAAGAGGAGAGGAGUGGAAAGAAGGAGGCAGAGAGAAAUGAGUCAAAUGUAGACGUAGGGAGGUUGAAAUCCCCCAGAACUGUGAGGGGUGAGCCAUCCUCAGGAAAGGAACUCAUCAAGGCGUCAAGCUCAUUGAUGAACUCUCCAAGGGAACCUGGAGGGCGAUAGAUGACAAGGAUAUUAAGCUUAAAUGGGCUAGUGACUGUGACAGCAUGGAAUUCAAAUGAGGAGAUAGACAGAUGGGUCAGGGGAAAAAUUGAGAAUGUCCACUUGGGAGAGAUGAGGAUUCCUGUGCCACCACCCCGCUGACCAGAUGCUCUCGGGGUAUGCGAGAACACAUGGUCAGACGAGGAGAGAGCAGCAGGAGUAGCAGUGUUUUCAGUGGUAAUCCAUGUUUCCGUCAGCGCCAAGAAGUCGAGGGACUGGAGGGUAGCAUAGGCUGGGAUGAAGUCUGCCUUGUUGGCAGCAGAACGGCAGUUCCAGAGGCUGCCUGAGACCUGGAACUCCACGUGGGUCGUGCGUGCAGGGACCACCAGGUUAGAGAGGCAGCAGCCACGCGGUGUGAGGCGUUUGUGUAGCCUGUGCGGAGAGGAGAGAACAGGGAUAGGCAGAGGCAUAGUUGACAGGCUGCAGCAGAUGGCUACAAUAAUGCAGAGGAGAUCAGAAUAAAAUGAACUAAACAUCUGGGAAAGGAGAGAGCGGGGCCUCCCUCACCACAACUCCCAAAUAUAACUCUCCCAACUUCCACCUCAGAAACUAUAAUUGUUGUAAACUACAGCGGUUCAAUGUUUUCUAGGAAUAGACUAACCUAGUUUAUUCAGCUAGCUAACUAGGUGCAGUAUUAUUCCGUGAAAAACGUCUGGGCACCUCGUCAUAAGACACCACAGCCAGCUAGCAUGCCGGUCUCCAACAGCAGGGUUUAGCGCCAAUACUCAGCCACUAACGUUGUGGGUUAGUCCCGACAGCUUGAGCGAGUCCGUCGUCAACUUAUUCAGCCAGUUAGUUAGCUAGAAUAGUUAGCAAACUAGCUAGCCAUUGCUUUCAGACAAAGAAGAACCCCUCCUUUCACGGCACGAAAACACAGAGAGAGCCAAACUAACGUUAACUAGUCACCCAUGUCCCGAAUUCCUUGAGCGACUCGGGCUAUCAAUAUGUAAAAAACAAAACACAAGUGUAGGUUAUGACUUAUCCCUAGCAGCUACUGUUAGCUAGCCAAGUGCAAAGCUAGCCACUGAAUUGACUCAGCCAGUUCGCGUCUGUUCGCUCGGUCGUUCCAGCUAUUGUUUACAAGUAGCUAUCCAGGUUGCAACAAGCUUGCUAAUUUUCAAGCAGUAGCCACUUGCUACCUAACGUUAACGGUUCAGACAAUGAGGUUAGAAAACAGCUGAAUGGUAGGCAAUUAUUGUAUGUAAUUAUUGUAGGCAGCCAGCUGGCGUAAUUACAGGCACUCUCAGGCGUGAAACAACUAUACCGUUGCUAAUAGCUACUCGCCAGCUAGUCCAGGUGGUGAGUUAGCUAGCUAGCUAGCUUCGUGCUACACCCGGCACCGCCGAAUACAAUACUAACCUACAAUAAUUACAUACAAUAACUACCUACAACAACCCACGAUACCUACCUACAAUACCUAACUACAAUCUAAAUACAUAGUUUAAGCCUUACUCGACAAAGCCCAAGCUAUGUAUAAAGCCAAACUUACCCGACGCCAAGCUUACCCGACGACCUCCAUGGCUGGUACAUAAGGUUACCAUACCAGGCGGUGAUGCAGCCAGUCAAGAUGCUCUCAGUGGUGCAGCUGUAUAACUUUUUGAGGAUCUGAUGGACAAUGCCACAUUUUUUCAGCUUCCUGAGGGGGAAGAGGCGUUGUCGUGCCCUCUUCAUGACUGUAUUGGUGUGUUUGGACCAUGACAGAUCCUUAGUGAUGUGGACACCGAGGAACUUGAAGCUCUCGACCCGCUCCACUACAGCUACGUCGAUGUGAAUUGGGGCGUGCUCUGCCCUCUGUUUCCUGUAGUCCACGAUCAGCUCCUUGUUCUUCCUGACGUUGAUGGAGAGGUUGUUGCUCCGGCACCACACUGCCAGGUCUCUGACCUCCUCCCUGUAGGCUGACUCAUCGUCGUCGGUGAUCAGGCCUACCACCGUCGUGUCGUCGGCAAACUUAAUGAUGGUGUUGGAGUCGUGCGCAGCAUUAGAGAUUGCGUCAUCUGUGGAUUUGUUGGGGCGGUAUGCGAAUUGGAGUGGGUCCAGGGUGUCUGGGAUGAUAGUGUUGGUGUGAGCAAUGACCAGCCUUUCAAAGCACUUCAUGGCUACAUAUGUGAGUGUUAUGGGGUGAUAGUCAUUUAGACAGGUUACCUUGGCGUUCUUGGGCACAGGGACUAUGGUGGUCUGCUUGAAACAUGUUGGUAUUACAGACUCGGUCAGGGAGAGGUUAAAAAAGUCAGUGAAGACACUUACCAGCUGGUCAGACUGAGUAUGUAUCCUGGUAAUCCAUCUGGCCCUGAGGCCUUUUGAAAGUUAACCUGUUUAAAGGUCUUACUACGGAGAGCGUGAUCACACAGUCGUCCGGAACAGCUGGUGCUCUCAAGCAUGGUUCAGUGUUGCUUGUCUCGAAGCGAGCAUUGAAGGCAUUUGGCUUGUCUGGUAGGCUCGCAUCACUGGGCAGGUCUCGGCCGGGUUCUGUGAUAUAUAAGUCUUGCUUGACCAGUUGAGGCCUUGUGAAUAUUAACCUGUUGGUUCGUCAGAGGGCAUAGCGGGAUUUAUAAGCGUCCGGGUUAGUGUCCCGCUACUUGAAAGCAACAGCUUGAGCCUUUAGCUCAGUGCGGAUGUUGCCUGUAAUCCAUGGCUUCUGUUUGGGAUAUGUACGUACGGUCACUGUGGGGAUGAUUUCAUUGAUGCACUUAAUAAUGAAGCCGGGGACUGAGGUGGUAAAUUCCUCAAUGCCAUCGGAUGAGUCCCAGAACAUAUGUGACUAGUUUCAGGAAACGUAUGUUGCACGUCACUACUACUGCGUAUUUUGGCAGAAAUGCAUUCUGGAACAUGUGAACUUUCAUGUGCCUUAAUAACAAACUUGUAUGCCAUCUGUAAAUACGAACAAAAUUGUUAAAUUACAUGCCUAGUUGGUUUAGCCACAGAAAAAGAGCAACCUUCCCGCUAGCCAUGAUUGUCUGAGAUAAUGAGUGGGCUGGACAUGCUGAGAGAUGAGUUCGGAUUGGUCUGCCAUGUAGCACGCUUCUGUCUAUUUGAGCUGGUCAGUAUGUGUAGGUAAUCCUGUCUAACGGGGCUUUUGAAAAAAUAUAUUGCUUAGUAGAACUGCAUAAGUGUUGCUCUCCACUUUCUGGAGGACCGAGUUUUGAAAUCAGUGGAAUUAGAGUAUGAUAGCUAAGGAGAUGGAGAAAACACCUGUCUCCGGAUUACAUCUUCAAACUAAGGGCAACCAUAGCAUCCGUGACAGAGAGGGAGAAGCGUCCAUCCAUGUAUACGGGUAAGAUAGUCUAGCUCGCUACAUUUUCAGAUAUUACACGUUUCUAAUUUUGUCAGAAAGUCAUUUUCAUUUUAAGUUAAAGUGUACUGUUAGCUAGCUAGCUAAAGUUAGCAGGCUGGCUCGCUAGCUAACGUUAUCUGUAUGAUCUGUGUAGUUAUAUUAUUUGUAUCUCAGAGCCAUUUGCUUUGCUAGUUAUAGCCUAAUGUUAGCUAGCUAACAUUGAACCUGGUUGGUUUAGCUACCUUCAGAUUCAUGCAGGGUAGUAACGUCAUGAGUUGGGAUUAUGGUUCAUUGUUUAGCUAGCUAGCAACAUGUCUUAACAAAAGACUCCACUAUGCAAGUACCCAUUUCAAUAGAAUAUUUAUGAUGUCACUGCGACAGCUGUUGAUAGACGUAGCUGGUAAAUUCGCUCUGGCUAUCUACUCCGAUUUCAGAGCACUCUCAUCUGAGUGUGCCAGACCGCAGAAUAACUGACGAAUUUACGAACACUCAACACCCGUUGAAUAUGGCCGGUGUCAAUAAACAUUGGCACAGUUGCAGUCACCAACGCUCUGGAUAACAUAGAAACAGCCUAACCAGUUCUGCUAGGGCGAGUAAAAUGGUCAGAGUGAGAUGUUCUCUCAUUUGUGUCUGGAAGUAGCUAGCAAGCUAGCCAACGUUAGCCAGUUAGCUUGGGUGCUUGACUGCUGUUGUUAGGACAGAACACUCGGAUCAACCCUUAGAGAUGGGUGGGGCUAAAGCUUAAGAGGGUGUGAACGAUGCUGAAUGGGUGUAGACAAAGAAGAGCUCUCCAGUGAUUGUAGCAAAACAUUCAAAGGCCAUUUUCUCAGAAGUGAGGUUACAAGUCGACUUUCAAAGCAGAAAUAUUUUCCAAUUGUUCCUCAACUGUAGUGUAUGAUAUACAAUUUUCUAGCUCUGAGUCUCUACUUUUAUCCAAUGUAAAAAACACAAUUUCAAAUUUUGCUACAUUAGACCGACUCAAGCAGGUUGGUCACAUAUUCCAGUCUGUGCUAGCAAAACAGUCCUGUAGCUUAGCAUCAGCUUUAUCAGACCAUUUCCGUAUUGAGCGUGUCACUGGUACUUCCUGUUAGAGUUUUUGCUUGUAACCAGGAAUCAGGAGGAUAGAGUUAUGGUCAGAUUUCCGAAAAAUGGAGGGCUAGGGAGAACUUUGUAUGUGUCUCUGUGUGUGGAGUAAAGGUGAUCUAGAGUUUUUUCGCCUCUAGUUGUACAGGUGACAUGCUGGUGGAAAUUAGGUUAAACGGAUUUCAGUUUUCCUGCAUUCAGUUCACCGGCCACUAGGAGCGCCGCCUCUGGAUGAGCAUGUUCUUGUUUACUUAUGGCCCUCUACAGCUGGCCCUAUACAGCCGGCCCUAUACAGCCGGCCCUCUACAGCUGGCCCUAUACAGCCGGCCCUCUACAGCCGGCCCUCUACAGCCGGCCCUCUACAGCCGGCCCUCUACAGCCGGCCCUCUACAGCCGGCCCUAUACAGCCGGCCCUCUACAGCCGGCCCUCUACAGCCGGCCCUAUACAGCCGGCCCUCUACAGCUGGCCCUAUACAGCCGGCCCUCUACAGCCGGCCCUCUACAGCUGGCCCUAUACAGCCGGCCCUCUACAGCCGGCCCUCUACAGCCGGCCCUCUACAGCUGGCCCUAUACAGCCGGCCCUCUACAGCCGGCCCUCUACAGCCGGCCCUAUACAGCCGGCCCUCUACAGCUGGCCCUAUACAGCCGGCCCUCUACAGCCGGCCCUCUACAGCCGGCCCUCUACAGCCGGCCCUCUACAGCCGGCCCUCUACAGCCGGCCCUCUACAGCUGGCCCUAUACAGCCGGCCCUCUACAGCCGGCCCUAUACAGCCGGCCCUCUACAGCCGGCCCUCUACAGCCGGCCCUCUACAGCCGGCCCUCUACAGAUGGCCCUAUACAGCCGGCCCUCUACAGCUGGCCCUAUACAGCCGGCCCUCUACAGCCGGCCCUCUACAGCUGGCCCUAUACAGCCGGCCCUCUACAGCCGGCCCUCUACAGCUGGCCCUAUACAGCUGGCCCUAUACAGCUGGCCCUAUACAGCCGGCCCUAUACAGCCGGCCCUAUACGGCCGGCCCUAUACGGCCGGCCCUAUACGGCCGGCCCUAUACGGCGGCCUAUACGGCCGGCCCUAUACGGCCGGCCCUAUACGGCCGGCCCUCUACGGCCGGCCCUAUACGGCCGGCCCUAUACGGCCGGCCCUAUACGGCCGGCCCUAUACAGCCGGCCCUAUACAGCCGGCCCUAUACAGCCGGCCCUAUACAGCCGGCCCUAUACAGCCGGCCCUCUACAGCCGGCCCUCUACAGCCGGCCCUCUACAGCCGGCCCUAUACAGCCGGCCCUCUACAGCUGGCCCUAUACAGCCGGCCCUCUACAGCUGGCCCUCUACAGCUGUCCCUAUACAGCCGGCCCUCUACAGCCGGCCCUCUACAGCCGGCCCUCUACAGCCGGCCCUAUACAGCCGGCCCUCUACAGCCGGCCCUAUACAGCUGGCCCUAUACAGCUGGCCCUAUACAGCCGGCCCUAUACAGCCGGCCCUAUACAGCCGGCCCUCUACAGCCGGCCCUCUACAGCUGGCCCUAUACAGCUGGCCCUAUACAGCCGGCCCUAUACAGCCGGCCCUAUACAGCCGGCCCUCUACAGCCGGCCCUAUACAGCCGGCCCUAUACAGCCGGCCCUCUACAGCCGGCCCUAUACAGCCGGCCCUAUACAGCCGGCCCUAUACAGCCGGCCCUCUACAGCCGGCCCUCUACAGCCGGCCCUCUACAGCUCGCCCUCUACAGCCGGCCCUAUACAGCCGGCCCUAUACAGCCGGCCCUCUACAGCCGGCCCUCUACAGCCGGCCCUCUACAGCCGGCCCUCUACAGCCGGCCCUAUACAGCCGGCCCUCUACAGCCGGCCCUAUACAGCUGGCCCUCUACAGCCGGCCCUAUACAGCCGGCCCUCUACAGCUGGCCCUCUACAGCUGGCCCUCUACAGCCGGCCGGCCCUCUACAGCCGGCCGGCCCUCUACAGCCGGCCCUCUACAGCUGGCCCUAUACAGCCGGCCCUCUACAGCCGGCCCUCUACAGCUGGCCCUAUACAGCCGGCCCUCUACAGCUGGCCCUAUACAGCCGGCCCUCUACAGCCGGCCGGCCCUCUACAGCCGGCCCUCUACAGCUGGCCCUAUACAGCCGGCCCUCUACAGCCGGCCCUCUACAGCUGGCCCUAUACAGCCGGCCCUCUACAGCUGGCCCUAUACAGCCGGCCCUCUACAGCCGGCCCUCUACAGCCGGCCCUCUACAGCCGUCCCUCUACAGCCGGCCCUAUACAGCCGGCCCUCUACCGCCGGCCCUCUACAGCUGGCCCUAUACAGCCGGCCCUCUACAGCCGGCCCUCUACAGCUGGCCCUAUACAGCCGGCCCUCUACAGCUGGCCCUAUACAGCCGGCCCUCUACAGCCGGCCCUCUACAGCUGGCCCUAUACAGCCGGCCCUCUACAGCCGGCCCUCUACAGCUGGCCCUAUACAGCCUGCCCUCUACAGCUGGCCCUAUACAGCCGGCCCUCUACAGCCGGCCCUCUACAGCCGGCCCUCUACAGCUGGCCCUAUACAGCCGGCCCUCUACAGCUGGCCCUCUACAGCUGGCCCUAUACAGCUGGCCCUAUACAGCUGGCCCUAUACAGCCGGCCCUAUACAGCUGGCCCUAUACAGCCGGCCCUCUACAGCCGGCCCUAUACAGCCGGCCCUCUACAGCCGGCCCUCUACAGCCGGCCCUAUACAGCCGGCCCUCUACAGCCGGCCCUCUACAGCCGGCCCUCUACAGCUGGCCCUAUACAGCCGGCCCUAUACAGCCGGCCCUCUACAGCCGGCCCUCUACAGCCGGCCCUAUACAGCCGGCCCUAUACAGCCGGCCCUAUACAGCCGGCCCUAUACAGCCGGCCCUCUACAGCCGGCCCUCUACAGCCGGCCCUCUACAGCCGGCCCUCUACAGCCGGCCCUCUACAGCUGGCCCUCUACAGCCGGCCCUAUACAGCCGGCCCUCUACAGCCGGCCCUAUACAGCCGGCCCUCUACAGCCGGCCCUAUACAGCCGGCCCUAUACAGCCGGCCCUAUACAGCCGGCCCUCUACAGCCGGCCCUAUACAGCCGUUCCUCUACAGCCGGCCCUCUACAGCCGGCCCUAUACAGCCGGCCCUCUACAGCCGGCCCUAUACAGCUGGCCCUAUACAGCCGGCCCUCUACAGCUGGCCCUAUACAGCCGGCCCUCUACAGCUCUUUGAGUGCGGUCUUAGUGCCAGUAUUUGUGUGUUUCUUUUCCUUGCAUACAGAAUGUUACAAAACUGUUGAUUCUGUUCUUUGUCUUUGUUGCAUUGCUCUGAUAUUUUGUUGUAUUAUUAUUUAGAGUGGCAGCCCGGUACAGGAAAGUAUGAAAUAUGAAAUGCAAAUAUUAUAACUGAAUGUAUGAAUAUAUCUGAAUAAAUAUGACUGAGUGUUAUACCUGUACCUAUAACCCCCUUCUGAAAAAUGACAAACUAAAUCAAAAGUUGGUCACACAAAAAAAGGCACAAAUCUACAAAUCAAUCAGCAAUAUAAAUGUAGUUCUGUGUUUGUGAGUGGGCAGAGACUGGUACCAUUAAAGAGCUGUACAUUUAUUUCUAGCCCACAGACUGAACAGCUGUAGAACCUCAGUCAGUCGACUCAUCUCCCUCCCUCUCCGAUCUCCCAUCUCCCUCUCUCUCUCCCCAUCUCUCCCUCUCUCUCCCCAUCUCUCUAUCUCUCCCCCCAUCUCCCUCUCUCCCCCAUCUCCCUCUCUCUCUCCCCAUUUCCCUCUCUCUCUUCCCCCCCCCAUCUCCCUCUCUCUCUCUCCCAUCUCCCUCUCUCUCUCUCCCAUCUCCCUCUCUCUCUCCCCCAUCUCCCUCUCUCUCUCCCCAUCUCCCUCUCUCUCCCAUCUCCCUCUCUCUCCUCUCCAGAUGUUUGUAGCUCUGAUCUUCUGGUACCAGUUCUACUGUGGUUUCUCUGGGUCAGCCAUGAUAGACCAGUGGUAUCUGGUCUUCUUCAACCUGAUGUUCUCUGCCUUCCCUCAACUCAUCACUGGGACCCUGGACAAAGAUGUGUCCUCAGAGACCCUCCAGGAACUGCCUCAGCUCUACAUGAACGGACAGAACUCAGAGGUGUUUAUAACUAGUGAUUAUAUCAACUAUUGGAUAUGUUGUUAAUAACUAGUGAUAGAUUAUAUCAACUAUUGGAUAUGUUGUUAAUAACUAGUGAUAGAUUAUAUCAACUAUUGGAUAUGUUGUUAAUAACUAGUGAUAGAUUAUAUCAACUAUUGGAUAUGUUGUUAAUAACUAGUGAUAGAUUAUAUCAACUAUUGGAUAUGUUGUUAAUAACUAGUGAUAGAUUAUAUCAACUAUUGGAUAUGUUGUUAAUAACUAGUGAUAGAUUAUAUCAACUAUUGGAUAUGUUGUUAAUAACUAGUGAUAGAUUAUAUCAACUAUUGGAUAUGUUGUUAAUAACUAGUGAUAGAUUAUAUCAACUAUUGGAUAUGUUGUUAAUAACUAGUGAUAGAUUAUAUCAACUAUUGGAUAUGUUGUUAAUAACUAGUGAUAGAUUAUAUCAACUAUUGGAUAUGUUGUUAAUAACUAGUGAUAGAUUAUAUCAACUAUUGGAUAUGUUGUUAAUAACUAGUGAUAGAUUAUAUCAACUAUUGGAUAUGUUGUUAAUAACUAGUGAUAGAUUAUAUCAACUAUUGGAUAUGUUGUUAAUAACUAGUGAUAGAUUAUAUCAACUAUUGGAUAUGUUGUUAAUAACUAGUGAUAGAUUAUAUCAACUAUUGGAUAUGUUGUUAAUAACUAGUGAUAGAUUAUAUCAACUAUUGGAUAUGUUGUUAAUAACUAGUGAUAGAUUAUAUCAACUAUUGGAUAUGUUGUUAAUAACUAGUGAUAGAUUAUAUCAACUAUUGGAUAUGUUGUUAAUAACUAGUGAUAGAUUAUAUCAACUAUUGGAUAUGUUGUUAAUAACUAGUGAUAGAUUAUAUCAACUAUUGGAUAUGUUGUUAAUAACUAGUGAUAGAUUAUAUCAACUAUGGAUAUGUUGUUAAUAACGAGUGAUAGAUUAUAUCAACUAUUGGAUAUGUUGUUAAUAACGAGUGAUAGAUUAUAUCAACUAUUGGAUAUGUUGUUAAUAACGAGUGAUAGAUUAUAUCAACUAUUGGAUAUGUUGUUAAUAACGAGUGAUAGAUUAUAUCAACUAUUGGAUAUGUUGUUAAUAACGAGUGAUAGAUUAUAUCAACUAUUGGAUAUGUUGUUAAUAACGAGUGAUAGAUUAUAUCAACUAUUGGAUAUGUUGUUAAUAACGAGUGAUAGAUUAUAUCAACUAUUGGAUAUGUUGUUAAUAACUAGUGAUAGAUUAUAUCAACUAUUGGAUAUGUUGUUAAUAACGAGUGAUAGAUUAUAUCAACUAUUGGAUAUGUUGUUAAUAACGAGUGAUAUAUUAUAUCAACUAUUGGAUAUGUUGUUAAUAACUAGUGAUAGAUUAUAUCAACUAUUGGAUAUGUUGUUAAUAACUAGUGAUAGAUUAUAUCAACUAUUGGAUAUGUUGUUAAUAACUAGUGAUAGAUUAUAUCAACUAUUGGAUAUGUUGUUAAUAACUAGUGAUAGAUUAUAUCAACUAUUGGAUAUGUUGUUAAUAACUAGUGAUAGAUUAUAUCAACUAUUGGAUAUGUUGUUAAUAACUAGUGAUAGAUUAUAUCAACUAUUGGAUAUGUUGUUAAUAACUAGUGAUAGAUUAUAUCAACUAUUGGAUAUGUUGUUAAUAACUAGUGAUAGAUUAUAUCAACUAUUGGAUAUGUUGUUAAUAACUAGUGAUAGAUUAUAUCAACUAUUGGAUAUGUUGUUAAUAACUAGUGAUAGAUUAUAUCAACUAUUGGAUAUGUUGUUAAUAACGAGUGAUAGAUUAUAUCAACUAUUGGAUAUGUUGUUAAUAACUAGUGAUAGAUUAUAUCAACUAUUGGAUAUGUUGUUAAUAACUAGUGAUAGAUUAUAUCAAACUAUUGGAUAUGUUGUUAAUAACUAGUGAUAGAUUAUAUCAACUAUUGGAUAUGUUGUUAAUAACUAGUGAUGAUUAUAUCAACUAUUGGAUAUGUUGUUAAUAACUAGUGAUAGAUUAUAUCAACUAUUGGAUAGUGUUGUUAAUAACUAGUGAUAGAUUAUUCAACUAUGGAUAUGUUGUUAAUAACGAGUGAUGAUUAUAUCAACUAUUGGUAUGUUGUUAAUAACUAGUGAUAGAUUAUAUCAACUAUUGGAUAUGUUGUUAAUAACGAGUGAUAGAUUAUAUCAACUAUUGGAUAUGUUGUUAUAACUAGUGAUAGAUAUAUCAACUAUUGGAUAUGUUGUUAAUAACUAGUGAUAUAUUAUAUCAACUAUUGGAUAUGUUGUUAAUAACUAGUGAUAGAUUAUAUCAACUAUUGGAUAUGUUGUUAAUAAACUAGUGAUAGAUUAUAUCAACUAUUGGGAUAUGUUGUUAAUAACUAGUGAUAGAUUAUAUCAACUAUUGGAUAUGUUGUUAAUAACUAGUGAUAGAUUAUAUCAAACUAUUGGAUAUGUUGUUAAUAAACUAGUGAUAGAUUAUAUCAACUAUUGGAUAUGUUGUUAAUAAACUAGUGAUAGAUUAUAUCAACUAUUGGAUAUGUUGUUAAUAACGAGUGAUAGAUUAUACAACUAUUGGAUAUGUUUGUUAAUAACGAGUGAUAGAUUAUAUCAACUAUUGGAUAUGUUGUUAAUAACGAUGAUAGAUUAUAUCAACUAUUGGAUAUGUUGUUAAUAACGAGUGAUAGAUUAUAUCAACUAUUGGAUAUGUUGUUUAAUAACUAGUGAUAGAUUAUAUCAAACUAUUGGAUAUGUUGUUAAUAACUAGUGAUAGAUUAUAUCAACUAUUGGAUAUGUUGUUAAUAACUAGUGAUAGAUUAUAUCAAACUAUUGGAUAUGUUGUUAAUAACUAGUGAUAGAUUAUAUCAACUAUUGGAUAUGUUGUUAAUAACUAGUGAUAGAUUAUAUCAACUAUUGGAUAUGUUGUUAAUAACGAGUGAUAGAUUAUAUCAACUAUUGGAUAUGUUGUUAAUAACGAGUGAUAGAUUAUAUCAACUAUUGGAUAUGUUGUUAAUAACGAGUGAUAGAUUAUAUCAACUAUUGGAUAUGUUGUUAAUAACUAGUGAUAGAUUAUAUCAACUAUUGGAUAUGUUGUUAAUAACUAGUGAUAGAUUAUAUCAACUAUUGGAUAUGUUGUUAAUAACUAGUGAUAGAUUAUAUCAACUAUUGGAUAUGUUGUUAAUAACUAGUGAUAGAUUAUAUCAACUAUUGGAUAUGUUGUUAAUAACUAGUGAUAGAUUAUAUCAACUAUUGGAUAUGUUGUUAAUAACUAGUGAUAGAUUAUAUCAACUAUUGGAUAUGUUGUUAAUAACUAGUGAUAGAUUAUAUCAAACUAUUGGAUAUGUUGUUAAUAACUAGUGAUAGAUUAUAUCAACUAUUGGAUAUGUUGUUAAUAACGAGUGAUAGAUUAUAUCAACUAUUGGAUAUGUUGUUAAUAACGAGUGAUAGAUUAUAUCAACUAUUGGAUAUGUUGUUAAUAACUAGUGAUAGAUUAUAUCAACUAUUGGAUAUGUUGUUAAUAACUAGUGAUAGAUUAUAUCAACUAUUGGAUAUGUUGUUAAUAACGAGUGAUAGAUUAUAACUACGUCAGCUCUACAUGAACGGACAGAACUCAGAGGUCCGAACCGUCAUGUCGAUGUGUAAAGUAAAUAGAUAACGUGAAUAAAUUGUUUAUAACUUUAGUGAAUAAAACAGAUAUAAUAGAUAAAAUAUAUAAUUAAGAUCUUUUAAGGUAUUAACAUGGUAUUUUAUGAUAUUGUGAUUAUCUUGUCUAGUAUCUAUUAAAAAUAUAUAUAUAAUAAUAAUAAUAAUAAAGAUAUAUACAGUUGAAGGCGGAAGUUUACAUACACUUUAGCCAAAUACAUUUAAACUGAAGUUUUUCAUAAUUCCUGACAUUUAAUCCCAGUAAAAAUUCCCUGUUUUAGGUCAGUAAGGAUCACCACUUUAUUUUAAGAAUGUGAAAUGUCAGAAUAAUAGUAGAGAGAGUGAUUUAUUUCAGCUUUUAUUUAUUUCAUCACAUUCCCAGUGGGUCAGAAGUUUACAUACACUCAUUUAGUAUUUGGUAGCAUUGCCUUUAAAUUGUUUAACUUGGGUCAAACAUUUCGGGUAGCCUUCCACAAGAUUCCCACAAUAAGUUGGGUGAAUUUUGGCCCAUUCCUCCUGACAGAGCUGGUGUAACUGAGUCAGGUUUGUAGGCCUCCUUGCUCGCACACGCCUUUUCAGUUCUGCCCAAAAAUGUUCUAUAGGAUUGAAGUCAGGGCUUUGUGAUGGCCACUCCAAUACCUUGACUUUGUUGUCCUUAAGCCAUUUUGCCACAACUUUGGAAGUAUGCUUGGGGUCAUUGUCCAUUUGGAAGACCCAUUUGCGACCAAGCUUUCACUUCCUGACUGAUGUCUUGAGAAGUUGCUUCAAUAUAUCCACAUACUUUUCCUUCCUCAUAAUGCCAUCUAUUUUGUGAAGUGCACCAGUCCCUCCUGCAGCAAAGAACCCCCACAGCAUGAUGCUGCCACCCCUGUGCUUCACGGUUGGGAUGGUGUUCUUCGGUUUGCAAGUACCCCCUUUUUCCUCCAAACAUAACGAUGGUCAUUAUGGCCAAACAGUUAUAUUUUUGUUUCAUCAGACCAGAGGACAUUUCUCAAAAAAGUACGAUCUUUGUCCCCAUGUGCAGUUGCAAACCGUAGUCUGGCUUUUUUAUGACGGUUUUGGAGCAGUGGCUUCUUUCUUGCUGAGCGGCCUUUCAGGUUAUGUCAAUAUAGGACUCGUUUUACUGUGGAUAUAGAUACUUUUGUACCUGUUUCCUCCAGCGUCUUCACAAGGUCCUUUGCUGCUGUUCUGGGAUUGAUUUGCACUUUUCGCACCAUUCAACGCAGCCUUAUAAUGCUGUGAAGGUAUCCAGGAACUCAGAUGAAUUGGGUGGAUUCCAUCCUUUAUAAUAUGAGCUUUGUUUCCAGAAGGUAUCAAAAUUGUCAAUAAAUGUUACACCCACAGAGCUGCAAUAGUCUCGUAGCCAGUUAUGGAGGGCUAAAAGUCUUCUGAAACGUUCAACGCCACGAUUUAGGGAGGGCAGAGGGCCAGAUAUUAUGGGGCGUUUGUUGGUGUCAAGUAGAGACCCAAUCAGUUCUUUAAAAUCCAUCUUCAGCUGUUCUGAGCUGCCUUUCAUAAUGUCAUCUGACCCCACAUGAACCAUGACAGUAUCAGCCCCCGGUGACUGACUCACAGCCUCGGGAAGCAACCUGGUGAUAUCCUGAACAUUUGCCCCAGGAAAACACAAAGUCUUUGCCCCAGGUACAGAUAUAUGCCUCACCAUCGAACUCCCUAUCACAAUCGCCGGAAUGAUCCGACGGGUCUCGGAGAAACAUGUUAUAUUGGUCACGAAUCGUAACUUUUAUACAGCUCUAUUAGACAGACGUCUUAUGACAUCAUACCCAGCUGAUUCUGUUUUAGAACCCUCCGUCUCGGUGGCUGCUGCUUUGAGGUUGUAGUGAAAUGCUCAGGUGUUUUGUGUUUCAGGAGUACAAGCCGUAUAUGUUCUGGAUGAACAUGAUAGAUGCCUUCUACCAAAGCCUGGUCUGCUUCUUAAUACCAUACUGUGUGAGUUGGGUAUUUUGUAGCUAAUAAACCCUGUCAUGACAUCUUAUAACCUAUCUCACUCACUCUCUCUCUCUCUCUCUCUCUCUCUCUCUCUCUCUCUCUCUCUCUCUCUCUCUCUCUCUCUCACACUCACACUCACACUCACACUCACUCUCUCACACACACACACACACACACACACACACCGCUCAUCCCUCUGUGUGUGUCCAUCUCCUCCAGGCCUAUGCUGACUCUGACGUGGACUUGUUGACCUGGGGAACCCCCAUCACCACCCUGUCUCUGUUUACCAUACUGAUUCACCUGGGCAUGGAGACCAAGACCUGGGUAACGACACACUAUGGAUUUACGGACUGGCUGAUCCUACUUACUUUCACAUCUUUUCAAAGCUUCAAUUACAAAAUAUUGGGGCUACUUUGUAAAUCAAUUGAUUGGAAAUCUAAUGAAGCGUUUUGGACAUGGACAGAGUUUUUUUUUUUUGGCUGAAUAAAAGCCUUUCGUUAGGAUGUUAAUGAAUAGAUAUACCUCCUUUCUAGCAAUGAGACCAGCUCUUUGGCUCUGUGACUAGCUGGGUCUAGCAGGUGGCUGACAACAAGCAGAUAGAUAUUUCUGAGGUGUCGUUGAUUAGAUUGAACCAGAAGACUGCAGCAUCAGUCACUCCCACUGUCCAGCUAGUGCCUUCUGCAAACUGUCUACACACACACACACACACACACACACACACACACACACACACACACACACACACACACACACACACACGCACAUCACACAGGCAAGGCGGCCAAAAUAACCUUUUCGUUUUUUGCUGUAUCCAUGUGUCCAUCUCCUGCCUUCUAAGGUCACAUCCCAAAUGGCACCCUAUUCCCUAUGUAGUGCACUACUUUAGACCAGAGAAUGGCACCCUAUUCCCUAUAUAGUGCACUACUUUAGACCAGAGAAUGGCACCCUAUUCCCUAUGUAGUGCACUACUUUAGACCAGAGAAUGGCACCCUAUUCCCUAUGUAGUGCACUACUUUAGACCAGAGAAUGGCACCCUAUUCCCUAUAUAGUGCACUACUUUAGACCAGAGAAUGGCACCCUAUUCCCUAUGUAGUGCACUACUUUAGACCAGAGAAUGGCACCCUAUUCCCUAUAUAGUGCACUACUUUAGACCAGAGAAUGGCACCCUAUUCCCUAUGUAGUGCACUUCUUUUGAACAGGGUCCUGAGUGAAAUGACCUGGGCCCUGGUCAAAAGUAGUGCACUAUAUAGGGAAUAGGGUGCCAUUUGGGACAAAGGCUCAGAUGCUCUCAGUUAAGAGCAGUGACCUUGAAUGGGAUUAGCGCUUUUUCCAUUACGCUGGUAGCUGUAAAUUUCAUCCCAACACAUUUUGUAACAUGAAAAAUGUAGUAGUUAGGUGCCAAUGUUUUAGAUUCAUAAAGGGGAAAGAGGAGUUUUAGAUUCAGAAAGGGGAAAGAGGAGCAACUCUUGCUCUUUAAGUUUUAAAAACUCCUUUAUUAAGAGGAGUAAAAUAUGACUGAUGUUUCGGCCAUCUUGACCAUCAGAUUAAACAUUCCUUUCAUAAAAGGCCAAUAAUAUGGCCGAUGGUGAGUCUGCAUGCAUCCCAAAUGGCAGCUUAUUGGUUGUGGGCCCUAGUCAAAUAUAGUGCCCUACAUAUGGAAUAUAGUGCCCUACAUAUGGAAUAUACUGCCCUACAUAUGGAAUAUAGUGCCCUACAUAUGGAAUAGAGUGCCCUACAUAUGGAAUAUAGUGCCCUACAUAUGGAAUAUAGUGCCCUACAUAUGGAAUAUAGUGCCCUACAUAUGGAAUAUAGUGCCCCUACAUAUGGAAUAUAGUGCCCUACAUAUGGAAUAUAGUGCCCUACAUAUGGAAUAUAGUGCCCUACAUAUGGAAUAUAGUGCCCUACAUAUGGAAUAUAGUGCCCUACAUAUGGAAUAUAGUGCCCUACAUAUGGAAUAUAGUGCCCUACAUAUGGAAUAUAGUGCCCUACAUAUGGAAUAUAGUGCCCUACAUAUGGAAUAGAGUGCCCUACAUAUGGAAUAGAGUACCAUUUAGGACAGAUCCUAGAUAGUGAGUCAGUCAGUGGUUUGGGUCCUUGCGCACUGGCUUUGAGCUCUAAUCCCGUUCCCCCUCUCUCCGCUCCCCUCUCAUCCCUUUCCACACCCCCUCCCUCUUCUCCCCACCUCCUAAGUCUACUCUCGCGGCUCUACCCCAUCCCCUCUCACCCUCUAUCCUCCCCCAACAUCCCCCCGCCCCCACAUCCCCUCCUCUCCACCAUCCCUCCCAUCCGACCAUACCCUUUUCUUCAUGCAGACUCCUCGCUCCCACCCUCCACAAACACACCCCCACCAUCCAUCCUCCCCUCUCAUCCCCUCCCAAUCCCCGUCGUCCUCCACCCCCCCCUCAUACCUCCAUCUACCCCCUCCCCUCUUCAUACCCACCUACACCACCUCCCCCCCAUCUCGCCCCACCCCCUCAUCGCAUCCCUCCAACCCUCUUCCCCUCUCCUCUCCCCCAUCCCACCCUCCCCCACCCACCUCCCACCUCACCCACUGCAUCCCCUCCCCCUCCCCUCUCCCCUCCCCUCUCUCCCCCAUCUCCACCUCUCCCUCCUCCCCUCUCCCCUCCCUCCCACCCCUGACCUCCCCCCUCUCCCCUCGUCCCCAUCCCCUCUCUCUCCCCUCCUCUCCCCUCCCCUCCCCCCUCCUCCCCGCUCAAGUCCCCUCUCUCUCCAGUCCGCCCAUCCCUUCCUCUCCCCACUCCCCUCUCCCCCUCUCCACCCGUCUGCCCCGGGAAAUCCUCUCCACCUCUUCCUCCUCUCUUCUCUCCCUCUCUCCCCUCUUCCUCCUCUCCCCCUCCUCUCCCUCCUCUUUCCUCUCCCCCCCUGUUUUCCCUCCAGACCUGGAUGAACUGGCUGUCCAUCUCCUUCAGUGUGGGUCUGUUCUUUACUGUGGCUCUGUGUUACAAUGCCUCCUGUCCCACAUGCUACUCCCCUUCCAACCCUUACUGGACCAUGCAGAGACUUCUGGGGGAACCGCUCUUCUACCUGCUCUGUGUGGUCACGCCUGUAGCCGCCCUGCUGCCCAGGUUAGUAAGGGGGGGGGGGUGUAUGAGAGAGAACAUGUGGGGUGUGCACAACCAAUCAUUCCUCCAGGUUUAUGUUGUUGUUUAAGAGUCAUCUGUUAUCAAUAACAGCCUUUUCAUGUUUAUUCCAAGGAACUGGUUAUUCCAUCCCAGAAAUGCGCUGUUCUGUCCGUCUGGUCUGUCUAAGUGUGUCCUGAUGUCUCGGGCUACGUCCCAAACGGCACCCUAUUCCCUAUAUAGUGCACUACUUUAGACCAGAGAAUGGCACCCUAUUCCCUAUAUAGUGCACUACUUUAGACCAGAGAAUGGCAACCCUAUUCCCUAUAUAGUGCACUAUUUGACCAGAGAAUGCACCCUAUUCCCUAUAGAGUGCACUACUUUAGACCAGAGAAUGGCACCCUAUUCCCUAUAUAGUGCACUACUUUAGACCAGAGAAUGGCACCCUAUUCCCUAUAUAGUGCACUACUUUAGACCAGAGAAUGGCACCCUAUUCCCUGUAUAGUGCACUACUUUAGACCAGAGAAUGGCACCCUAUUCCCUGUAUAGUGCACUACUUUAGACCAGAGAAUGGCACCCUAUUCCCUAUAUAGUGCACUACUUUAGACCAGAGAAUGGCACCCUAUUCCCUGUAUAGUGCACUACUUUUGACUGGGGCGCCAGGGCCCAUAUAGGGAAUAAAAGUAGUGCACUUUAUACAGGUGGCUGAAUCUCAAACCUAACCUUUGGCCCCUAAGCACUUUAUCAAGUGGCCACUUGCUGAUGUGUUCGAUAGUGAUCACUCGAGUUUGGCCAAAAUGAGCAUUGAAACGAUGCGCACUCGAGGUUCAAAAAUUCUAAAUCCAUUUGUGAGCAUUCUUCUGGGACCUGUCUAGUACUAGCAUGACUCAAUAUGAAACAUGGGCAGGACAGAAAACAAAAUGACUCUCCACUAAGACCUCUGCAAAAACUUCCAAAUGAAUUACAGAUUUCUUGAUUUAUGUUGACUUAUUCUGACUAUUUUUGAUGGCUAAGUAGUUUUGACUGUUGUUGCUAGGUGACAUGCUGAGUUUCUGCCAAGGAUGCAGAGUCUACAAAGGAUGCCCACUCGAUAGAGAGGCUUGCGAAGGGCUCGGUGGAGCCCUCGAUAACUCGACAACUAGUUUUUAAGAUUGACUCGUGAACGGGCAUAUGGAGUGAUGGAGUGUUCAGUUUGAGAUUCAGCCAAUUGUGCAAUCUGGUCAAAAGUAGGCAUCCAUAGGGCUUUAUUCAAAAGUAGUGCACUACAUAGAGAGUAUGGUUUAAUUUAGGGCUCACCCUGACUCAUUUCUCCUCUCGCUCUCCGUUCAGAUACUUCUGCAGGGCGUGUCAGAGCUCUCUGUUCCCCAGUCCAGUCCAGGUCGGCAGGCAGCUGGACAAACUGCCCAGUGACACCCGCAGAAACAUCCUCAGUCGGGUCCAGGCCGGGUCACUUCUGAGUCUCAGACCGCCCUUCCUGUCUUCACUUUCCUUCACUGGACCCUUCCCUAAAGACUACAGUCACAGGGCCACCUCCACCCAGAACCAGCACAGCUUCACCAGGGGCCCGGCCAAUAGCCCUGAGGGCCGUCUGGACCUGUCCUUACAGAGGGAUGAGACUGGGAAGGCUCAGGGGAAGGGCUGGGGCUCUGGCAGUCCUGGAGACACUAAGAGGAGCCUUGAAGAAGAUGAUCAGUACACACUGGCCUCCACAGAGAUGGAUACUCUGCCUUAUACCAAAGUCAAAGAAGCUCCUCAGCCUGAGGCAGGGGCUGGGGCCGGAGCAGGGGCUGGAGCAGGGGCUGGGGCCGGAGCAGGGGCUGGAGCAGGGGCUGGGGCCGGAGCAGGGGCUGGAGCAGGGGCUGGGGCCGGAGCAGGGGCUGGAGCAGGGGCUGGGGCCGGAGCAGGGGCUGGAGCAGGGGCUGGGGCCGGAGCAGGGGCUGGAGCAGGGGCUGGGGCCGGAGCAGGGGCUGGAGCAGGGGCUGGGGCCGGGGCUGGGAGUACGGCUGGGGCUGGGCCUGAUGACCUCCAGGCCCCUCUCACCCAGGACAAUGACUGUCAGGACAUUACUCUUCUUGAUCCCUCGGACCUGAGUUUGUCCAGCUUGAUCACCUCCACACCCCUUCUGACCACACCCCUGUUAGCCACACCUCUCUUGGCCACGCCUUCAUUGGCCACACCCCAGUCAGAGACCAUCCACCUGACUCUGCCCCCUGCUGGUGGUUCCCAGUCUGCGGCCUACAGACGGAACUAUGACACUACGCCACACAGACCACCUGACCACAGGCUCCUCCCCCCUGCAGACAGACCAGACCACGCCCACAACCAGGCCACGCCCACCUGUCCCAAAGAACACUGA